AUGGCGCGGAAGCUAGCAGAAUCCGACUCGUCCCCAGAUACAACAUCCAUUAACCUCACCCAUCUCCUUGCCCGCCUCGAAAGCAAUCUCUUAUCACCCUCCGCAGACCUAAAACCACUCCGUCGAUCUCCCUACCAUCGAGCUAGAGUUGGAGCAAACAUCGAAUAUGCACGGUCCCUCAUCCUCAAGCUCGAACUGUCCCUCCCAAAUAUCAAAAUCCAAUCGCACAAACAUGCUUUACAGGCAGAUCUCGCCCAGAGGCGGCAGCAGAUUAUGGCACUUAAUGAACAACUAGAUGCAAUUUCAGCUGCUGCUGAAGCGGACUCAGAAACACAGGCUUUCUUGUCAGACAAUGAAGAGGAUAUAUUACCAACACCAAGCGACAGUACACCGGAGACUACGUCUCCUCCACCGACAAGAGGCGUGGAUAGAGCAUCAGCAGAAGAGGAGAACGCGAAAGACGAGAAAGGGGCCCAUAGAGAAGAGCAUCAACAAGAAGAAGAAUCUCAUACGGCCCAAGAACCAAGACAGGUCCAAACAUUAUUAGAUCAACCUGCUUCGCAAAUUACACAUCCACGUCCACCACAACAACCAUCACUACCGUCCAACACACUACGCAGCAGACACCACCCUCCACUGCCAACAAUCCCAACAGCCACGACAACAGGAACCUCCCUCUCCAAACCCGCCACGACCACCAAACCAACAACAGAAACAACACCCUUCCCACCCCACGACCCCAAAACUACCCUCUCCCAGAACGAAGACGAACAGGACACCCUCACCACCUCCCUCCUAUCCCUAGCCACACAGCUAAAAACCUCCACCCAAAAACUGCACACAAGUCUAGAAUCCGAAAAGUCAAUCAUAGCACGGGCAGCGGAGGGAUUAGACCGGAGCACGGCGGGGAUGGAAGCUGCGGGGAAACGGAUGGGGGCGCUGAGACGCAUGGCGGAGGGGAAAGGGUGGUGGGGUCGGGCGUUGAUGUAUCUGUGGAUUUUUGGGCUGUGGGUUGUGGCGGUGUUGAUUGUGUUUAUGGGACCGAAGUUGAGGUUUUGA